CUCGUCGAGACGCAGGGCGGUGAAAAAAAUGCGCCCGAGCUGACUCUCUUGAACGGCGACUACGCCAGCCGAAGGCGAACAAUAAGAAUUUUUUGGAUCUGUGUGCCUCGAAAGCUCUGUGUCAUUUGCCUGGUCGUCAGGCCACGCUCUGGUGUGGAGACGCACUGCACACAAGUGCGAUCGGCUCCUUGCAAGUGCGGCUGGGGUCGAACGUUCAGUGGAAUAUACCCGACGGAGGAAACAGAACUGGCGAAUUGUGGCUUGCCGCGACCAGCGACGCGGCCACUCGAGCUCGUUUAGCGUUGAAUGCUCUCUAGGUCUUGCAGGAGCCUAUGAUGUGAGUAGUUUAGAAGCUUCAGCUCUCUCCUAAUGGCGAACCGGUAGUGUCAGUGCCCUGGUGAGCAGGUGGGGUCAAGUGUCUUUGUUCUGCGGCUCUUUUAUCAUAGCAACCUAGGCUGAUGAGGGAUUACCGCUUUUUACGCCUGCUGAAUGAGUUGUAUUUCAAUUUCAAGCACCUUCAAAGUCUAAGCCAACAGUGCAACUCGGAGUAUAUACUACCGUGAAAACUAAGCCAAAAUUACACUGGAACAACGGUCGCACUAAUGGGUUCAGCCUACGUGGACACGUCGGUACUCGUGCAUACACAGGGAAAGUGACUGUUUCCUCCCGCACCUAUCAUUCUCUUAGACUGUCUGCUCAUCCUUUAUAUAUAUAUAUAUAUAUAUUUAUGUCUAUAUAUAUAUAUAUAUAUAUAUAUAUAUGUACUGUACUACAGGUAAGUCCUUGCCGUCGUAGUUUCGGUUUACAUGCAAGAAAUCGAACAGAAGUCUUGCAACAUGUUUACGUCCACCUCCUGUCUACAUGCAGACUGGAUACACACAACACAGUGAAGCGGAGGAGUUGUGGUGGGUCGCUCAUCAAGGGGGACACGGUGCAAACCUCUUUUUAAUGGUCGAAAUUUCGCUGCAUGCGUGGCGGAGAAGUCUCGCGGCGCACGACGCUUGGUGAACAGCACACACACAACUCACUGCGCGACACGAAAAGUCGGAGGACCUCGUCUUCCCGACCCCCACACUGUCUCCGCACAAGCUGUCUCGCCUUCCUGCCAGAGUGCUCCCUGCGCUCCUCUUUGUCUCCAGUCCGUUCUCGCCAUCGCGACACUUGCAGGAAGUCCCAGAGCGUCUCCUUCCUUCCUCCGCUUCGGCACAUGCUGUUCGACGCUCCUUGGUGCAUGUUCCGCCUCUCCGAGGAGAACACAGGACCUCUUCUUCCACCUCUUCUUCCUCUGCUGCCUCUUCGUCCUCUGCCUUCUCUGCGUCGUCUUCGCUGUCUUCUGUCUCUGGAGAGAAGGAGACAGAGGGUCCUUUUGCGUCUUCGUCGGCAGGUGGGGAGGGUGGAGGCGAGGACGAGUCUCUCGGAACAGGAAGCGAAGAGCAGCCGAGACAGAAUGGCGGCGAACGCACUGCCCCUUCGCCUCCUGAGCAGGCGGAUGUGCGGCAGCCUGGAGGUUCUUCAUCUUUCGGAGAUGAAUUAGACGCGUCUGCGCCACACCGCUUGGAGAACGAGGUGAUCGACAGUCGAGGGAGGAAGGAGGAAGAGAGCGAAGAGCCGCGCACCG